AUGGCGUCUUCGUCAGAUGCUGACCAGGAGCCGUGGUUCCUCAAGUCGUCUGUCCCGGUCUGGCUCCCAUACCAUGAGGCACUGACUAUGCCCAACGACAAAUUCAACUCCUUCAUUCGCAGUGAGCUCGAUGGCAACGCCAUCGUCGUUCCCCCCUCGGAAUUGGGUCCUCCACCUGGUCACGACCUCACAGACGCCACCUCAACAUCAGGCACUCACGUCACCCCGCCUUCCACCACAGCUGACAUCCGCGAGGCUGUUGAUCGAAUGGAGGUGGAUGGCAAGCCUGAUUCCACAGAGCCCACUACCUCUGAGACUGCAGCUGGUGCUGAGGAGCACCCGUGGCGCGCAGCUUUGCUCAAGAACCUCACCCCACCAGCUCCUCCCAACCUAGAGAACAAAGUCUUCACAGCCAACGGCGACCUCGCCCACGCAUCCACCACCGAUGCUUGCGUAGAUCUCUUCUACGAGCUCGAGGACUCAGUCUCUGGCCCUCGUUUGCGCGAUCUGCUCGCGGCGUCAUGGAACCAGGAUGCCCUCCUGACGCUCAAGAUCAUCUUCAACGCCCGCUCCAUCCACCUCGGAAAGAGCUCCCGCAAUACCUUCUACGGCUGUGCUGGCUGGCUGUUCAUGCACCACCCCCUCACCCUGAUCGAGAACCUCAAGUGGCUGAGCCGCCCCGUCAUCCAGAAGAAGGCCAAGAAGGAGACCGAUGGUGAGGACGACGAGAUGGUCGUCGUCGAAGCGGAAAAGGACCCUAGCCGCCCAGAGACCUACGACGUCAAGCACGGCGUCGCCCACGGGUACUGGAAGGACAUCAUCAACAUCCUGGCUCUGGCGGCCAACAACCAGCUCAACGUCCUAGCCGACCCUAAGAACAUCCUCAACUCCAAGAACCCGGGUAUCUAUAACGGCAAGAGCAUCAAGAUAGUUCGGCGACGCGCCAAGCUGAACAAGCGAAAGGGCGAGCCUGCGGACAAGACCACCGUCUCCGGUUCCAAUGACAAGAACGAGAGCGAUGAUGCUGUUCCCUCUUCAGACUACAAGGUGCUGCGACGCGCCAAGCGGCUCGGGCGAAACCAGAAUGCCACCAGAGCCUUCAACGAGGACCUGCAGUACCGCGUUCUCCACUUGGCUGUCGCUCGCCUGUUCGCCGAGCAGCUGGAGAAGGAUCUCGCAGCCUUGCGUGGAGACGACUACCAAGCAAAGCGCACCAUCUCGCUCUGCGGGAAAUGGGCCCCAAGCCACGACCGGUUCCACGAUAAGCACACCUUCAUCGUCAGCUCCAUCGCCGAGAUCAUGCACCCCCGCGAGUCCUUCGACAACUUCCUAUCCCCCUCUGACGACAGGGACACCUACCUCCGCUAUGCACGGGAGGCAUACCGCAAGGAUAUCUCUGCGCUGCGAAAGCACCUUGAGAUCGUCGAGCGGGAUCUCUCUGCCGGAACCUUCGAAAAGAUCAAGUACGAUCGCGUCCCCUCGGUAGCCAUGCAGAACUACACCAAGAUCUUUGUCCAAAAGGACCUGAGGCGCUUUGAGGAGUACAUCACCCGCGUCGCAGAGGGCAAGGCCAACAUCUCCGGUGCCAUCCUCCUCCCCUCAACCAUGGUAGCCGCCGCACGCCGCGCCCCCCGCCAGACCCCUGGGCACUUCGACCCACUCACAAUCUCCGCCAAGCAGUUCGUCGACCUGAAGAUCCGGGAGAUGCAGACCAAAGUCGACGACGGGCAGUGGAACACCCUCGUCAAACGUAUCAAGGAUUCGGGCGUGCUCGCCUCCAGUAUCGCCGUGUGCGACGUCUCCGGCAGCAUGCAAUGGCCCCAGCAGACCGACGGCACCACGCCCAUGGACUCGGCCAUUGGUCUGUCGCUCCUCAUUGCGGAAGUCACCGAGCCCCCCUACGGCGGCGCCUUCAUCACGUUCAGCUCCAAGCCACGGGUGGAAAAGGUCGACCUUAGCAAGCCGCUGUCUGAGAAGGUGGCGCAGCUGGAGCGGGCCAACUGGUCGAUGAACACAGACUUUGAGGCCGUGUUCCUUAAACUGCUCCUCCCCAUGGCCCGGGAGCACAACCUCAAGCAGGAGGACAUGGUCAAGCAGGUCUUUGUUUUCAGCGACAUGCAGUUCGACGAGGCCAGUUCCAAGAGCCACCGAUGGACGACGAGCUACGAGCGUGUGAGCAAGGCGUACAAGGAGAGUGGGUAUGAGGUGCCCGAGCUCGUGUUCUGGAACCUGGCGGGUGGUUCGCACUCGGGCCAGGCUCCCAAGCCUGUGACCACUGAGGAUGAGGGAACCUGUCUCAUGAGCGGGUACUCGCAGGGUCUGCUGAAGGCGUUCCUCGAGAAGGGCGGGUUUGAGGACGAUGAGGAGGAGGAGCAGGAGGAGGUGGUGGUAGUGACGAGGGAUGAGGGCGGCGAUGUAACGACCGAGACAGUGAAGCGGAAGAAGAACCCGAUCUCCAUGGUGAAGAAGGCGGUCUCGCACGAGGCGUAUAAGAUGCUCCGAGUUGUUGACUGA